AUGAAUGAUCUACGAGGAUUGCCUACUUCCAAUUUCAGACAAAUAAGUAGUAAAAUUGAUAAUCCUAUGGAUGUGAGAGAAUUUGUAGAUAUCGAUACCAAUGUUGCUUUUGAGAUGCCAUCUGACGAUGACAUAAUCUGUAAUAUUAGGAAUAAGGAUGACCAUCUCACUAAAGAAGAAAUAUUAGAACUAGCACUUAAAAUUACAGAUUACAAUGCUUUGAAAGCUUUGGAUUUAAUUAAAAUAUAUCUUUUACAACAACCUGAUAAUUUUAUAGCUACUGAUAAUGAUAGAAAUACUGUUCGUAAGUUGAAAAGAAGGUUUUAUGAUUCUCUGCUCUUUGAAAAAAGCAGGUUAACAUUACUGAAUUUUUUUGCAAUAAGAACUAAAUAA